UAUUACUUUUACAAAAAAUAAAAAAUAAAAAUAAAGAUGCUUGUGGGAGCAGCUUUUCUUUAUUCUGCUGCCCCCUUUAGAUGUCGCCACAGCCUAUAAAUGAUAUUUGACUUUCGAUAUCUGAACCCAUGUUUCAUUUGGCACAGGAUUUACGCCAGAAUCUCUUCCUGACGCACUCAGCAACCAUGUCAUCUCUUUUAUUUUUCUUACAGUGAAAAGUGCCUACAUUUGCAUUAUUCAUUACGACAAGAUAAAUGUCAAAUUGCAUCGUCUCAUUAAUGAUCGAUACUGAAGACAGGGAGGUGUGUGUGCACGCGCUAACGUCGCGCGCUACUCGGACCGCCAGUCAGUUUGUGUAUUAUCUGAAAGCGUGUGUCAAAUUCGCUUCGUUAUUUCCUUGUUUUAUUUUUAGCUCUCUUUUUUCCUGGUUGAAAAGACAGUAAACUCUGUUUUAUUUUUGUUAAAGAAGACACCGGCAAGUUUAGACCACAGGAGUUUCACGAAAGGACCUCGGAUUGUUUCUGCUAAAGGCACUUAUAUCUCGGUAAUGGCCAGUUGUCUGUGGAGAUAUCGGUGCCGGAUCCUGUUCUGCAUGUGUACACCAUGUAUACUACUUGGAUGCCUUUUUAUCUACAUAAUAUUGGCUUUAAGUUUAGCCAUGUCUCACACCUACCCAGCUAAUAUACAAAUGCCUAUCGUCCAUCUGCCAGAGGGACGCUUUGUAGCCAAGGGGACCAAUAAUUCCAACACACUGGCCGCCUACCCAGCUCACCCGUUUUGGAAACUGGAUCUGAACAAAGCUGCAUUUUGGAACCUUAUCCAACAUGUGAUGGACCGCGAGUAUAACCCCAUCCUUCAAGACUCAGUAAAUAUCUCUCGUAAAAAUAGCAUCACACAACUGAAUCAAUAUGGAUGUUUUCCGAACUAUGAGGGGAUAUGGAAAUUGUCAGAUUAUUUCACUCUACCACAUCAAAUGCAAAGGUUUAUCAUUUCUAUGCACUGUAGAGACUACCCACUGCUCAUUGACCAGCCAGCAGUGUGUGGCCAAAAAGAAGAGCAUCCAAUGUUACUGCUGGCCAUUAAGUCACAGGUACCUAACUUUAAGAACAGACAAGCCAUCAGGAUGUCAUGGGGGUAUUCAGGUCUGCUGCGAGGGCAGGUGGGGAAAGGAGGAAUCGUACGUAGACUUUUUCUCUUAGGCAAGAUCGAAGAAGAAUUCGAUGAAGAUGUUAAAAAGGAGAGUGAUAUGUAUGGUGACAUUUUAAUGUGGGACUUUAUGGACACCUUCUUUAACUUGACAUUGAAGGACAUCCUGUUCUGGAACUGGUUCUCCAAACAUUGCCAGAAUACCCGCUUUGUGUUCAAAGGUGACGAUGAUGUCUUUGUGAGGACGCCUGUUCUCCUGGAUUACUUGGAGGACCAGGAAAAGCUUUACUUAAAAAAACAUGGGCGCACCAAGAAAAUGGAUGAUUUUCUCGUUGGGGACAUUAUCACCUCUGCUUUGCCUCUGCGCUUAGAGACCAAUAAAUAUUUCAUCCCUGAAAGUUUCUAUAAAGGCUUGUACCCAACAUAUCCAGGCGGAGGAGGAGUAGUCUACUCUGGUGCCCUGGUUCCCAGACUUCUCCAGAUGUCCAAGAGAGUUCAUCUUUUCCCGAUUGAUGACGUUUACCUGGGGAUGUGCCUACAAAGACUGGGGGUCAUCCCCGUCAACCACCCGGCCUUCCUCACAUUUGACUUUAAUGAGGAAGAAGCGAAGCAGCCCUGUGCCCAUCACACCAUCCUGCUGGUCCACAAACGUAGUCCCUUAGAAAUGUUAAAACUAUGGACAGAGACUCUAAUACCAAGUGACGAAUGUAAAAACACAACCCUCAGAACUGGAGAGAAAGAAUGAGAGAUACUUUUUAGAUGAACCUGCUUGUGUUACACAAAACUAGGAGUGACCUGACCUCCUUGGGAGGCAAAGACAUUUCGGUUUAACAGGUUUUGAAGAGAGACAUUGCUCCCCUGACUACUUUUCUGGGUAUUGACUGCAAACACAGCUCACCGUCAGUCAACUAUUCCUGAUUGUGUGUUAUGAAGCUGAAUACCAAGAAGUCUAAACGGUAGAAUAACUAUGUAUGUACAUUUAAGUAUUCAGACGGUAGAACGAUAACGUUUGUCUAGCUUAGUCAGUGAAACCAAGACUCCUCUCUAUGUAGUGUCUAAACAUUUUGUGUAAACAUAGAGAAACUUUAUCUGCUAAUGAAACUGUUUUAAAAUGGCAAUAGACACCUUAUUUGUGCAUAUAUUUAUAAAAUGUCACCAUUUGACUGAAUGCAUUUUUCGAAUACUCGGGGGGGGUAAAGGUUAACAGGAAAGAAAAGCUUAUUUAAACAGACAACAUACAAGAUUUUCAUAUACCUGUGUAUAAAAACCUCAUGACGUAAAGUAUGCAUUUGUUUUUGUUUUUUUAUGUUUGAAUAAAAAAAAGAAAUAAAUAAAUGUGAUUAUUAUCUCUUCUUGGAACUUGAUUUCAAAUGCAGGAAGUUUUCCGUUAAACAAAUGCUUGCAGAAGAGAAAGAUCAUUUGCAUCAAACAUGUUUACAAAAUAGGAAAUGUUUAUUGCCAUAUUUACACAAAUUAUGAUACUUUUUUUUUUUGUCAACAUAACAUCUUACUGAAACAUAUAUAAUCCUAUAUGCGUAGAGAAUCGAAGAUCUUUAUAUAUUGGGUUAUUUGUUUUUUUUUACAUGUGGAUUAAACCUGGUCCUGAUCGAAGUUUCCAAAUCAACUGACGAUCUUUUUUCAGUCUGCAUCUAAAUUCUGAUGUUUAACACAUUUCCACCGCUUGUGACUUAGGGUAGGUGUAUAGAUGCUAAUGA